UAAAGAUGGGCGCAACCUCGGCUCCAAUUAAUAAACGUCACUUACAGAGCCAACACUCUGAUAACCCUUAUGAAUCCUUACGAUAGACGUACUUCUUUGAAUUUAAACGAAAUUGAAUAGAGAAAUAUGGCUACAUCGGAAGCAAGUUUGGCUGGCGUUCAGCGCCGUGUUGCUGAGAAUCCAGAUGCUCGAUACCAGGCUUUCGAUUCUUAUCCGUGGGCUAAAGAUCGCGCGUUCACUGAACAACUUUCAAAUUUUUUAAUUAAGACCCAAUCAGACCACCUCAGUCUCUCUGAAAUUGCUCUCCAGACACGGAUCCAAAGAUUUGAGCAACAGACGCAAAUUAAAAUUGACGGUGAUGCGUACAAGCAAUGGCUUUCGCAAGGAAACCGACAACAGCCGAGAGUCAUAUCGGAGGAAGCACUUGCAGUAGAAGCAAUGACUAAAUCAGAUCCAGCGGACAGGAAACUAGCACAUCUCCUAGUUGAACUUGGUGACCCACUAGGCCAAAUUGCUCUUCAACAGGUCACCCCUGAGUUGGCCAACGUCGAGGUCCCAAGUUGGCAAAGUUCCGCGCCGAAAGCAGAACUUUUUGUUGAGAAGGACUCCUUGUCGGCAGAUCCUGAUAAGGAGCCAUAUCCUAAGAAAUUCGAAGAGAUAGUGGCAUUCUUACAGACAGGGCAGCCGAUCCCUGGAAUAAGGGAAAUUCCCGAUACGGUUAUCGAAGACCCCUCGUUCACGACCCAUGGCCGUCUGACAGCACCGCCAAAGCCGUGGGAGGCUCGAAGAAGUCCUUCUAAUGAUGUCGGGACAUAAAUCACAUCAAGUAGACCUAUCAAAGUAGAAACGUAGGUAUUCGUGUGGUAUUUCCGGGCGUUGGUAUAGGGGAAGCUUUCGCACAUUCUCCGUAGAAGUCUGACCCUUGGAGUGCGUCUCAUUAUCGAGUUCCCGUCUUUUUACCUCCUUCACAUUUUCGAUGUGC